UCUAACGUUUCUUUCUCGCCUCUCCGCCUAUUUUGGAUUCCUGUACAGUUUAGUUCCUCUUCCACCCUAACCAUAUUAUCUUUUUUGUGCUGUAUGCUUUCCUUCCUCUUCGUCGACGAGUAGAGUCGCCUUUUACAUCAUUUAGCUCGCAAUGUGAUUUUUUUCAACGCUAGCUCAACCGCAAUUUUCUCCAUAAACUGGGGCUCGGUAUUGGUGGUCUGGGUGCUGCUUUGGCGUGUGUUCGGGGUGUCCACCGUGUUGCGCUUCACAUCGGCCACAUAUCCCUUCUCCAUACAGCACACAUCUCCUAUCAGCCAUAAUGUCAGACGGCAGCGACUUUGAGGGAUUCGGCGACAACGACAUGUUCCAGGAGCCCGAGGGCUACUUCCCGCCCAAGCCUGAGCCCAAGCGCGAAGAGUUCGCCCGGCAAUCCGAUCUGGUCGAGCCCGGCACGCCCUCUGUUCUGCGCGUGAACCUGCUCGGCUCCCACCCGCUCUGGGGCCACUACCUGUGGAAUGCUGCCAAGUUGUUUGCCAACUACCUGGACGCACGCAAAGAGAUCGUGCGUGGCAAGUCGGUCGUCGAGUUUGGCGCGGCCGGCGCACUGCCGUCGCUGGUGGCCGUGUGCGGUGGCGCGCAAAAGGUGGUGAUCACUGACUACCCGGACGCCGACCUGGUCGAGAACAUCCGGCAGAACGUGGAGGAUAACUUCCCGGCGGAAUUGGCCAGCGGGGCCGUGGUGGUCGAGGGCUUCAAAUGGGGCAGCGAGAUCGAGAAGAUUGCCGGGCUGUCGGGCAACGAGCACAGGACGUUUGACGUGCUGAUUCUGUCCGACCUGGUGUUCAACCACUCGGAGCACACGCAUCUGCUCAACUCGUGCCGGCAGCUGAUUACCAAGCCCAGCGCAACAUCCAGGGGCGGCGAGGCGUAUGUGUUCUUCACGCACCACCGCCCGUGGCUGGCUGCCAAGGACAUGGAGUUCAUUGAGCGGGCCGAAAGCGAGCUGGGGCUGAAGGCCGAGCGUGUGGUCGAGGAGUACGUGGGCCCGAUGUUCGAGGAGGAUCCGGGAGACGAGCGGGUCCGGGGCACGGUCCACGGCUUCAGGCUGUCGUUUCCUGCGGAAUCGUAGAUCUUCUGAUUACAAUCGAAAUUAGCCACAAAAAUUUAUUAAACCGGCCGGUUCCCAGCUUUUUUUCUGUUUUUUUAUUCUCGGCAAGGCUC